UUCUUUCUCCAUAGACCGUGCUUGGGUCGCCCGCUUAUAUCUCUUUCAUCUCAGCACUAAAGGCAACAAUAUAUUUAUAGUGUAUGAAUAAAUAUUAAAAUAUGGUUGGAACUGGUGCGAAUCGCAUGCCUCUGACCAAAGUACACCCUAUUCUCUUAGGUCAGCAAAAAAGUUCUUCAAAUGGUAGUAGUCUUCUUUCUCAAUAUCGACAGCAACAUCAAGAACGUCGCCAACAAGCAAGCUCGCCAUCCUCUCCUCAACAAUUUAGGCCAACAGGGCAUCAAGAAUUUAAUCAGCAGCAUGAUCUACCUUCACAGCAGCGUAAUGAUUUUGCUCCUCCUUAUGGGCAGCAUCAAUUUUCAUCUAACAAUUUUCAGCAAACAACUCAAUCUCAAUUUAAUUUUAAAAAUUAUAACCAACCUCCAAUGAACAAUGGUAAUACUACCAAUACUACUGAAGGAGGAUCUGAUGGUUCAAAAAGGAAACGAUCAAGUCGAUGGGGUGCCAAAGAAGAAAAGGCAAAUAUGACUGGUCUUGUUACUUUACCAGCUGAUCUUACAGAAGAACAAAGAGUUCAUUAUUUGGUCCAAUUUAAGAUUGAAGAAAUAUCUCAAAAGCUACGUACAGGGGACCUCGGUAUUCCCGCUGAUCCUGGCGCAAGGUCUCCUUCACCUGAGCCAAUAUACAACUCAGAAGGUAAGAGGCUAAACACAAGAGAAUAUCGUGUUCGCAAACAGCUUGAAGAAGAGCGUCAUACUCUCAUCAAAAAAGCAAUUGAAGAAAUACCUAAUUACAAGCCUCCAUUAGAUUACAAAGCUCCUACUUCAAAGAUUCAAGAUAAAGUUUUUAUACCAGCUGAAAGAAAUCCUGCUGUAAAUUUUAUUGGAUUAUUAAUUGGUCCUAGGGGAAACACACUCAGGCGUUUAGAGAAAGAGACUGGAUGUAAAAUUAUAAUUCGUGGCAAAGGAUCAGUGAAAGAAGGAAAAGUUGGUAGAAUUCCUGGCCAAUUGAUGCCAGGUGAAGAUGAACCUUUACAUGCACUUAUAACUGGCCCUUCUGAAAAAGAAGUUCGAAAAGGUGUCGAAGUUGUUGCAGCUAUUGUUAAGGAAGGUGUCGAAUGUCCAGAUGCUGCUAAUGAACUUAGAAGAAACCAGCUAAGAGAAUUAGCUGAGCUUAAUGGCACCUUAAUUGACGAAGAGUUAAUUAAGUGUAAAAACUGUGGCGCUACAGACCAUAAACAUUGGGAAUGUCAAGAGCAAAGAAAUGUUACAGCAUUAAUUAGCUGUCAUAAUUGUGGUGGAUAUGGUCAUGUUGCUGCUGAUUGUAAAAUAAAGCACGAUGUUAAUUCUGGGCCAAUGCAAACAUUUGCAGAAAAAGCUAAAAUGGAUACAGAGUAUAUGUCUUUAAUGGCUGAAUUAGGCGUUGAAGGUCCACCAGCUAAAAAAGAACCACCAAAACUUCCAGAUCCUUCUAAAGAACACUAUGAUACUAGAAGUAAAUGGGGUCCUCCUGCUGGAAAUAAUCCUAAAUCAAUUGGAGACAUUCAAACUAAUAAUCUAAUUACAACUGCUAUCAACUCCCAAUUUCGUGUUCCUCAACCAGGUGUUCAAGCCAAUCAGUCUUCUGUUCCACCACCUUGGGUUAAUCAACAAUAUCCUAUUCAGCAAAACAGGCCAUUUACUGUUGCUCCUCCUUGGCAACAAAGUUUACCUCGUGGUGGUCCUUCAGUUAGUCGUUUUAGCGCUCCACUGCCUGGCUAUGGAUUGCCUGCAGUUGCCCCUGUUGGUGGUAUGAUUACCGGUUAUCCUCAGAUAGGUUGGCAGCAGCAAAUGUAUGGUACUUACAAUCCUUAUCAACAGCCACCUGCGCCUCCUUCUACUAAUCCGCCUGCACCGUAUGCUGUUCCGCCUCCUCCUUGGACGCAACAACCUCCUCCACCGCCACCACCACCUCCUCCAUCAAGUUGAAGGAUGACGGAGACCACGUAUUUAUUUAAGAAUGAUUUCGUUAACAAAUUAACUUAAUUUUAAGUUAUACCUGUUCUAUUGACGAUCAGUGACCGUUACGCUACGCAAGUUUGAGUUUGUUUUUAAAAUUUUGUUUCUGAUAUCCUCACAAAAAUAAAACCGUUGAAAUGCAUCACAUUUAAGAAACCUGUAGAUCAUUAACAUGCCAUACCCACGUAGAAUCCCCCAUCGUUAAGAUUACAGUAAUUAAGAAAAAACUGCUUUCUCGUUUUUAUGCGACGAAUGUGAGCUAAACUCCGAUUCAAAUUUUGAAUUCGUUGCUUUUUAAAUGUUUUUACACCAACUUUAUUACUUGAACAAAACUUUCAUUUGAAAACAAAAUUAAGUGGUAUAUAUAGCAAAAAAUUUCGUGGUAAAAAGAAAUUUGGAAUAAUGGCGUUCUCAUAUGACGUUGCAAGAAAUGAAAAUUCAUCUGUCCUUAUUUCCUCCUUUUAAAACCUUGUGGAGAAUUGACUAUUUAUCGAUAAGAAAAGCAAUUUUUUAAUGAAUUAAAAAUCUUAUUAAUAUA